GAAGUUUAUUGUACGGUUAAAUCGGAUCCGACAUUGUAUCCUUUUCAUCCAUUCCGGAUGAUUGAUUGGUUACAGCUUCUUAUCUCAAAUCGAUGAAUUCGAAUCCCGCUCAUCGUACCAGUAAAAUUCGUACUUUUCACAAGAAACUUACUCGAGGUUUAAAGAAAGCUCGUUGUACAUUAUGUGGAUUAUACUUCCAUAGAUUAUUAAAAUAUGAAAUUUCAAUGAAACAAUGUUUAUGUUCGCCAUUAUUGUGUUUAGUACCUCAAGCUAAGAAAAUUUGCCAUUUGAAGAUAAAACCUUCACCCAAUUCAGUUAAACCAGUAAGGCAACUGAUAUCAAAAUUAGGUGGAAAGACGACAAAUGAAUUGGAACGAAUGAAACGAAAAGGUGACAAUUGGUCAGCUAAUGAUUUAUUCAAAUUUCAACAUGGAAAUUUGGAUCAUUACGAUAUAGAUGAGAAACGAGCAAUUUGUAUGGAAUGGCUUCGACGAAUUAAUAAUAUAACCAAAAAAUAUUAUUGCCUUGCAUGGUAUGCAUCCGCGAUUUAUACUUGUUAUUAUCGAUUAGCUCCAUUAAUUGUUGAUAAAGAGGAGAAGAAACGAACAUGGAUUGAUGUUAAGCGGGAAUAUGCGGAAAUAUUUCUGAUGGGUCGACGUAUCUGGCGUAGACCCACUCAUCCAAAUAGGCUUCGUAUUCUUUAUGAUUUAGCCAUGUUAUGCGUCCUUUUCAAUGAUAUACCUAAUGAUGAAACGGUGAUACUAUUCCGGGAUUUAUUAGAUGACAACGACAAUUUCAAUUUUGAAGUACUGAAUGAAAUUGAAUAUGCACAAUCGAUUGACAAGACAGUACGUCUGGAAAAUCAUGUGAUCGACUUGUUCUAUCAAAGGCGUAAAUCCACUUGUUCUGCUCGUUCCAGUUUUCUCUCGAAAAGUAGUAUUGAAACACCACGAAGCAGUUUUAGAAGUUUAAAAAUGAAAAAUGAUGAUAUAAAAAGCACCAUAGUGAGCAAAGCUCUAUCCAUUCCGGAUAAUAUAAUGUCGGAUUCAUGCGUGACUACAGAAGUAUCAGCUUCAAGAAGUCCACAAGUUGCUCGUAAGCAAAGCGUUCGUUUCGCUAGGAAAUCUGACAUAGAUCCAAAAAAAGAAACAAAGAUAGAGAAAUGCUUAAAUUCAGCGAAUAUAAUAAAAGUAGAAAGUACAAAUGCUGAUAUUAUGAAAAAUAUCACAAUUGAUAAAGAUAUAACAAAUGCGCAUAAUGAAAUGAUGUAUGAAAUGGAUUCCGAACAACUUGUCACUGCUAGUGUCAACUUGACCGGAACAAAUGAAAUUGAUGUGGAAUUUGCCGUAAGAAAGAAGUCAAAUUAUGCAGGAACGAGCCGAAAAUUUCCAUCCAUGUUGUCAGAUCAAAUGAUCGCAUUUAUAGAUGUUUAUCAAAAGGAAUAA